CCCCGGCCCGCCCGGCCCCGCCAUGGCCAGGCCGCAGAGGGCUCCGGCGCGCAGUCCUGACAGCAUCGUCGAGGUGAAGAGCAAAUUUGACGCGGAGUUCCGACGCUUCGCACUGCCCCGCGCUUCGGUGAGCUGCUUCCAGGAGUUCUCGCGGUUGCUGCGAGCGGUGCACCAGAUCCAGGGCCUGGACGUACUGCUUGGUUAUACAGAUGCUCACGGCGACCUGCUGCCCCUCACCAACGAUGACAGCCUGCACCGGGCACUGGCCAGUGGGCCCCCACCGCUGCGCCUACUGGUGCAGAAGCGGGCAGAAGCUGACUCCAGUACCCUGGCUUUUGCCUCCAACUCUCUGCAGCGGCGCAAGAAAGGGCUCUUGCUGAGACCAGUGGCACCACUGCGUACCCGGCCACCUCUUCUAAUUGGCCUCCCCCAAGAUUUUCGCCAGGUUUCCUCAGUGAUAGAUGUGGACCUACUACCUGAGACCCACCGUCGAGUGCGGCUCCACAAGCAUGGUUCAGACCGUCCCCUGGGUUUCUACAUCCGAGAUGGCAUGAGUGUCCGUGUGGCUCCCCAGGGCCUGGAGCGGGUUCCAGGCAUCUUCAUCUCCCGCCUGGUACGUGGGGGCUUGGCUGAGAGUACAGGGCUGUUGGCAGUCAGUGAUGAGAUCCUCGAGGUCAAUGGCAUUGAGGUGGCUGGGAAGACCUUGGACCAAGUGACGGAUAUGAUGGUUGCCAACAGCCAUAACCUCAUCGUCACUGUCAAGCCUGCCAACCAGCGCAAUAAUGUGGUGCGAGGGGCAUCCGGGCGUCUGACAGGCCCUCCCUCUGCAGGACCUGGGCCUACUGAGCCCGACAGUGAUGAUGAUGACAGCAGUGACCUGGUCCUUGACAACCGCCAGACUCCCUGUUCCAAUGGGCUGUCUCAGGGGCCCCCGUACUGGGACUUACAUCCUGGUUGUCUACUUCCUGGUGCCCGCAGCUCUCUGCCCUCCCUGGAUGGUCAAGAACAGGUCAGCUCUGGCUGGAGGAGUGGUAUACGAGGAGAUGGUAGUGGCUUCAGCCUCUGACAGGCAAGGAUGCAGCCCCUUGCCACUUGAGGCUGCUGGAACAUGGCAGGGACUUUCCACUGGAAGGUUUUAGCUUGCUCACAGGC